CUCACCCAGAUGCGUAGGCUGGGCCUUCCGGCUGGAUCGCACCUAGCCCAGCAACAGCACUGAUCCGCCUACCUGGACUACCUGCACCGUCGCCCCGCCCACUAAGGCCCGCUUGGUCCCGCCCACGCUCCGCCCAGGAAGUGGGGAGGGCGCAAGGAGCUGAGCGGAGGUGGGCUGCGGACUGAACCAGGUGCUCCUCGGCCGCGCAGGUGAGCCUUCCACGCAGCAUCUGCAGGCGAGUUCCGGAACCCUGCACUCCCUGUUCCUGGCUUAGGGACAGCUGCCCAGGUCAGGAUGGGCUGGCUCCUCACUGGUUCACGCUGACCAGCAGCAGGACCCAGGCCCAGCAUGUCCCAGCGGCACUCGGACAGCUCCUUGGAGGAGAGGCUGCUAGAAUACCGCUUCCACUCAGAGCUGCAACUGGAUGCCAACGGCAACCCUUCGUCCAAGCUCCCCAUUGUCCGGGGCUCCCUGCAGUCCAGGACCAAUGCUGCCUUCGAGCCAGAGGCCCUGGCGCCGCCACAGCCACCCUCAGAGGACCAGGAGCCGCGGGCCAUCGUCCUGAGCACACAGAGCCCCGCGGCCCUCAAGAUGGGCACCCAGCAGCUCAUCCCCAGGAGCCUGGCUGUGGCCAGCAAAGCCAAGACCCCGACCCGCCACCAGAGCUUCGGGGCGGCUGUGCUCAGCAAGGAGGCUGCGCGGCGGGACCCCCAGCUCCUCUCGUCGCCCAGCUUCUCCUUGGACGACAUGGACAUGGACUUGGGCCCUGGAGGGACACUAAAGCGAAACCUGCGGACCCAGUCUUACCGGGCGGCCAUGAAGGGGCUGGGGUCUCCCCGCAGCAAGGGGGACUCCAGCCAGCUCAGCCCCAAACUCCAGGCGCUGGCUGAGGAGCCCAGCCAGCCUGCCACCCAGUGCCCAACCAAAAACAAGAGGACGCUGGGCCGGAAGCGUGCACACAAGGGCUCCUUCAAGGACGACCCUGGAUUCUACCAGGAGAUCCGGGAGCGGGGCCUGAACACCAGCCACGAGUCUGAUGAUGACAUGCUCGAUGAACCCCCUGGCCCUGAAGGGACCCGGAGGGUGGACACCUCCAUCGUGGUCAAGAGCUACCGGCCCGUCCAGGUCAUCUGGAGCCAACUCCCUGAGGUGGUAGAGUCUGGCGUCCUGGAAAAGCUGUGCACCGAGGAGCGCAAGAGGCAGGAGGCCAUCUUCGAGAUCCUCACGUCCGAGUUCUCCUACCUGCACAGCCUGGGCGUCCUGGUGGCUGAGUUCCUGCAGUCCCGGGAGCUGCGGACCUCCAUGACGCAGAUGGAGCAUCACCACCUCUUCUCCAACAUCCAGGACGUGCUGGCUGCCAGUCGGAGGUUCUUCGAGGCCCUGGAGCAGCGGCACCAGGCACAGGUGUGUGUGGAGGACAUCAGUGACAUCCUGGAGGAGCACGCGGAAAGACACUUUCACCCCUACGUGGUCUACUGCUCCAACGAGGUCUACCAGCAGCGCACGCUGCAGAGGCUGAUGAACAGCAACGCCGCCUUCCGCGAGGCCCUGCGGGACAUUGAGAAGCGGCCAGCAUGCGGGGGGCUGCCCAUGAUCUCCUUCCUGAUCCUGCCCAUGCAGCGGGUGACCAGGCUGCCCCUCCUCACCGAUACCCUCUGCCUCAAGUCCCAGGGCCACCCCGAAAGGUACAAGGCCGCCAGCCAAGCCCUGAAGGCCAUCAGCAAGCUGGUGAGGCAGUGUAACGAGGGGGCACACACCAUGGAGCGUACGGAGCAGAUGUACACGCUGCACACACAGCUGGACUUCAGCAAGGUCAAGUCCUUCCCGCUGAUCUCUGCCUCCCGCUGGCUGCUGAAGCGAGGGGAGCUCUUCCUGGAGGAAGCUGGGCUUUUUAAGAAAAUCGCCAGCCGGCCCACCUGUUACCUGUUCCUGUUCAAUGAUGUCCUGAUCAUCACCAAGAAGAAGAGCGAGGACAGCUACGCAGUGCAGGACUACAGCCAGCUGGACCACAUCCAGGUCCAGAAGCUGGAGCCCUCGGAGCCAUCUCUGUCUGGGGGUGGCAGCCGCAGCUCCUCCGUGCCCCACCCCUUCCGGGUGACCCUGCUGCGGAACAGUGAGGCCCGCCAGGAACAGGUCCUGCUGUCCUCCGACUCUGCGAGUGACCGAGCCCGGUGGAUCACAGCGCUCACCUACAAGGAGAAGCAGUGGCAGGACCGCACCAACAAAGGAGAAUUGCCCCAGGUGGAGGUCACCAAGGCCUACAUCGCCAAGCAGGCGGAUGAGCUCACACUGCAACAGGCCGAUGUGGUGCUGGUCAGGGCAGAGGAGGAUGGCUGGCUGCACGGAGAGCGGCUCCGAGAUGGCGAGAUGGGCUGGUUCCCCGAGGACGUGGCCCGCCGCAUCACUAGCCCCGUGGCCGUGGAGGGCAACGUGCGCAGGAUGGAGAGGCUGCGCGUGGAGACCAAUGUGUAGCGGCAGCAGUUUAAGCCAGCAUGGCAGGCACAGCCCUGCUGGUCCAGAGAGUGCAGGAGGAGGAGCACCUACCCUCUGGGAGGGUCCUGGGGCUCUGCUCCCGGCCACCCCACCUCGCCGGGCACCCACAGGCAGCUGCACGAAGCUGGUGGGGACUAGAGACCAUGGCAGCCAUCCCUGGGACAGUUCAGUGGGGUCUCCCCAUGAACUUCCUGCCCCAAGGUGUCGAGAAGGGCCCUCAAGUCCCCAGUAGUGCACACGUUCUGAUCUGGGCCACAGGAGGGAGGGGAAGGGACACGCAGGCCAGCAGGGCCACUCGAUGUUGAGCUUUUAAGCAACAUUAAAGUAUUUCUUUAAAAUUUGGUUUACCACAGAAAAUCUGAGCCCAGGCAAGGCCACAGCCACGUGUGCCCAUGAAGUCUCCAUGGUGCCACAGGCUGGGACUGGCCCCUGCCUGGCUGCUCGGUGCUUUGCCUUGGCCCACCAGCCAGAGCACUGUGGGCAAAGCCCUGCCUGAGCCACAGCCUGCAAGGCUCCUCUGGGUCACCCUGGAGGUGGCCUCUGUCCCUCCUGCUUCCCCCUCCCAGUAAGGACCAGGGGGACAGGUCUCCACCCCAGGUGGCCUCUGCUGGCCUCCCCAGCUGCCUGUGUGGAGGACCUUGGCCCUUCUUACCUUGAUAGUGCUAUGGGGGCCCCAAAUACAUGCUGAAGAAUCUGCCCUGGUCCUGGCCCGGCUUCUGAGAAUUAGGGGCCUCUUCCCAGGCACAAGCCCCUGGGGCCAGUGCUGAGGUGGUGGGGUGGGCCGGGACCAGGUCUCGCAGGGGCACUGCACCAGCAGGGCCGCUCCUCCCCAUCAGCACAAGGGCCAUGUGUGGUGCAGCUGGGGCAGGGGUCUGGCCAGUGGCUGCCUCAGAAGGGGCAGAGCCAGCACUCAGGCACAGUCUGGAGUGGGGUGACUGGAGAUGGGGCCCAGCCCCUCUGACAUGUCCAUGGACAGUGGAGCCUUGCUCUCCCCUCUGUGAGCUAGGCUAAUCCCCGCUCUUCCCAGGACAAUGGGCAGGGCUGCGUUUGAUGAGUGUGGUGCACAUGUGCUCACGUGCUCCCGUGCCUGUGUCUGGCCGGCAGUGGCCCUGGCAUACACCAGCUGGCCUGUUGCUGCCUGCUUCUCAGCCCUGCAUGGACGGCCAGGGUCCAAGAGGGGCAGGGUCGUCCAGGAAGGCAGCCCAGCCCCGACCUGGUGCACAGCAGUGAAUGCUGUCCCAGCGGUGCCUAGCUGUCCCCAAAGCCUCACGCAAUCUGAGGUGGGCUUCUUCAGAGGAGGCCGGGUCUAGAGCGUGUGAUCGAUUCAUGGUGCAGUGCUAGGAUCAGGUGUGGUUUGAUUGGUUUGCCAGCACCCUAAUCCCAACAGCCUGAAUACAGUAAAAGGGACAGAAAAAGGCAUGUUAUGCCCCUUGCUCUCUUGUUGCUUUCAUGUCCUCCACCACCAUAACCGUUUCCCCUCUGCCCUGCCACUGCCUUGGAGCCAGCUGACCAUGGACUGAAACCUCUAC